AUAAAAAUCAAUAGGUAGUAAAAUUCAGAAGUCGGAGAACAUGGAUUGUAUGUUGAUUGUCGUGUAAGAGGUUAUAUUAUUAUUUACAUAUUGUGUUAAAAGUGGUUCCAAUAAAACGAAAAUGCGCAAUUUACAAGUUUUGCAAAUCACAUCCAGGAAACUUUUAGCUGAAGAUAUAAGUUGCGCAUGCUAUGGACUGCAAGGGAUAUGCACACCAGGUCAUUUGUUUUUGUGUACAGAUAGGCUUCUUGUUCGAUGCUUUGACCACGACGGUGCGGUAAAAUGGUCCAAAAAUUUAUUUGAAGUAACUUCUCUGCAAAAUAAACCCAUUCAUAUUCAAUACCUGAGCUUAGUAGAUACGUUAAUUGUGGCACUUACGAGUGGAGACAUUUAUGGUAUAACCGGAAAUGGAGCUGACUGUGAGCUAAAAGGCAUUUGCGAAGAAGGAUUAUUGGCAAUGGAAUGGAGUCAUGAUCAAGAAGUCUUCGUAUUGGUUACCAAAGGCUAUCAAGCUAUAAUAAUGUCAUGUACCUAUGAUAUUAUUAAUAUAGUUGACUUGUUGUCACAAGAGUUUGGAGCCAAUGAAUUUAUAACAGUGGGCUGGGGUAAAAAGGAGACACAGUUUCAUGGUUCUGAGGGAAAACAGGCAGCUCAGGUCAAAAGUGAAUUCAUUGUUGAUAAACAUGCAAUUGUAAAAGACAAGGUUCUGAUUUCAUGGAAAUAUCAUGGCAAUAUGUUUGCUGUGGGUUUCACGAUGGAUGGUGUACGACGGUUUAAAGUGUUCGAUAAAAGUGGAAGGCUUCAAUAUACAAGUGAGAAAGUGCCAGGAUUGGAGUCGACUCUGGCAUGGAAACCUAAUGGAAAUUUCAUUGCUACUACUCAGAGGUUUUCUAACAAAUAUGUCGUAGCAUUUUUCGAAAAGAAUGGCUUAAGGCACAGGGAGUUUGAGUUACCCAAUGAUGAAAAUAUAGAAGUCGAAAAUAUCUUAUGGUCUCAAGAUUCAGAUAUUUUAACUUUAGUGUGCAACGAUUUAAAGGACAAAUCAACAAAAGUGUUUCUUUAUACCACAUGCAAUUAUCAUUGGUAUCUCAAGCAGGUAUUAACAUUUUCUUGGCCUUCUAAGAUUUGCAAAAUUAUGUGGGACAAUGAUUUUGACAAAUUAUAUAGUAAAAAGUUGCAUAUACUAUUCAAAAAUGGCAAAUAUUAUGAAUAUUUUUGGAUUUGGGAUGUUAAUCACAGUGCUGGUAAAUGUAAAAGUGAUGACGGAGUUGUUGCUGUUAUUGAUGGGAAGAAACUUCUAUUAUCAUCUUUUAGACAUUCUACAGUACCACCCCCAAUGGCUAAUUUCGAAAUUGAAAUAAAUGAAUUCAUUAAUGCUGUAUAUUUUUUAAAUGAACCUAAAUUCGGUAAAGACUUUAAUUCUUUUUUUAUAUGUGCAGCCAAUAAAUUAAUAUUUUAUGAACAAAUUAAAAAAAAACCACUUAAGUAUAUUCUUGUGAAAGUAUGUGAGUUACAAAGGUUUGAGUUUCCAUUACAAUCGUACAAUUGGUAUUGGUGGAAGAAGGACACUUUAAUAUGUGUUGAACUUGAUAAAAAUAAUACCUACAAUUUAAUUGAGUACUUCUUAUAUGAUAACCAUAUUGUAUUAUGUGAUAACGGUAUUGAGAAAGUAAAUAAUAUAUGUAUGCCGAACGCAGCUUUAAGGCUACAUUCACAUCCAACAAUACCUAAAGUAUAUAUCCAUCUGAUCACUGGUAACAUAAUGGAAUACAGUUGUAAACAAUUAAACAUGGCAAAGGAUUCAUUCCCAACAGCAUGCUCUAAAUUUUAUGUGUUGAUGAUUGGAGAACUUGUUUAUUUCAUAGGUCUAACACACAAAGGAGUUCUUUACCUUCAAGAUAAAGCAAUCAUGAACAGUGUCAGUUCUAUUUUCAUACACACUGAUUAUUUUUUGAUAACUUCAUUCAACAGCUUUUUGUUAUGCACAAAACUUACCAAUGAGGGUAUUGAUACUCUCAUAGAAUAUGAUAAAAAAGAAUCACCAGAUGUUUACAAAAGGAAAAUAGAAAGGGGAGCAAAAAUAGUUGUUGUAGUACCAAAUAGUACUAAAACAGUUUUCCAAUUGCCAAGAGGAAAUUUAGAAGUCAUUGAACCAAGACCAUUAUCACUUAAGAUUGUAGGUGAAAAUUUGGACUCACAAAAUUAUUAUGAAGCCUUUGAUUUGAUGAGAAAACAGAGAAUUAAUUUGAAUUUGAUAUAUGAUCACAAUCCUGAGCUUUUCAUUCAAAAUAUUGAUCUAUUCUUACAAUCAAUACAAAAUAACUCAUGGCUUAGUCUUUUUUUGACGGAAUUGGAAAAUAAAGAUGUUACUAAAACAAUGUACGCAAGUAAUUAUGCUGAUAACAAUGUUAACAAGCAAAGUGAAAAUAAAAUUAAUUAUAUUUGUGAUAUUAUCAGAGAUAAACUAAACCAAAGUACGGAAAAGAAUUCAAAAAUUUUGCCAAUAUUGACAACAUAUGUGAAAAAGAAUACAAUUAAUGAUUUAGAGAAUGCUUUGCUGGUAAUAAAAGAUCUCAAAGCUCAAGAACUAGAUGGUUUGAAAUUACCAGUAUCUUCAGAUGAAGCAUUGAAAUAUCUGUUGUACAUAGUUGAUGUUAAUAAACUUUUUGAUGUUGCACUAGGAAUGUAUGACUUUGAUCUUGUUUUACUUGUGGCUAACAAAUCUCAGAAAGAUCCUAAAGAAUAUAUUCCAAUGUUAAAUGAAUUGAAUAGUAUGCAAGAGAAUUAUAGACGAUAUACAAUUAAUAAGAAUUUAAAGAGAUAUGAUAAAGCUGUUGAAUCACUAAUACAAUGUGGUCCAAAUAAACAUGAGGAAUUAAAAACUUUUGUUAAAUAUCACAGCCUUUAUAAAGAUGCAAUAAGGUUGCUUCCCAAGGACGAUAAGGUUUAUAAAGAAAUUUGUGACGACUUUGGGGCAUUCUUAAAGCUUAAAAAGCAUUAUUUAGAAGCCGGAGUAAUGUUUGAAAGAGCAGAUAAUAUUAAUAAAGCUGUUGAAUGUUACAAAGAAGCUUUAGAAUGGGAACCAGCAAUCAAGUUGGCACAAUACAUUCCAAGAGAUGAGUUCAAGGUCAUUUGUUGGGACUUUGUUCAUUUACUUAAGGAAGAAAAGAGGCACAAAGAAGCAAUCAGGAUUCUUGAAGUACUUAAUGAUGAUGAAACUCAAUUAAUCAACUAUGCUGUAGAGAAUUGUGAAUUUAAAAGUGCUAUACGAUUUUGCUUGGCAUAUGAUAUGCAGCAUUACUUAGAAUCUGAUGUUCUACCAGCAUUGUUAGAAGAAUAUAGCAGUGUAAAAGAAAUCAUACAAACAAAUGCUGAAACUUUCAAAAGGCAAAAGGAGCGUCUGGAGGUUGUGAGAAAGAAUAAACUUAAGGGUCUUACCGGCAGACCCAAAGUAACGUACCAUGACCGUGAUGAUGACUUAUAUUCGGAUUUUGGCAGUACUAUUGGAUCAUCAACAGGCUCAAGUCGUUCUCACCGUUCAAGUAAGAAUAGGAGGAAGCACGAACGCAAGGUAGCAUCGCUGAAAGAAGGGUCUCAGUAUGAAGACGUGGCGUUGGUGAUCGCUUUACAUAGCCUUGUAACAGCUUCCUUUAACCUGAGGAGUUAUGUGAGAGAGAUUAAUGUGGCCCUUAUCAGUAUGUACAAGGAUGAAGAGGCUAGAUUACUUCAGUUCCUCCUCGAUAGUUUACUACGGGAAAUGAAGGAAGGUUUCAAUCAGAUCUGGACACACAAUUUCCUAAUUGAAGCCACUAAGGCUGUUGUGAGCGCGGAGGAAAACGCUUCUGACGGAGGCAGUGUCAUACGACAGGGAAUUGCGACUUUAGCGCCACAUCUGAGAAUUGCUCCUGUCAUUGAAGAAAUUCGUUGGAAACUUGAUAUAGAUUAAAUGUUAGUAAAGUUUUCCGCAAAAAUCAAUAAAACUGUUGUGUUUCUCAAUAUUAUUCAAAUAUUUGUUUUCCUUGUUAAAAAUAUAUAUAAUAAAUAUGAUUUUAGUUACACCUAAGCUUUGUUGUAAAUCUCUUUUAUUUCUUUGUAUUAGAUUACUUUUAAUAUAAUUAUUUUAUUAAAAUACACAACAAUAACGUGUUUCUUAUAUAUAUAUAUAUAUAGAAAAGAAUAUAGGGCAUAUGUUGUUAAGGAAAAAGUCCAUACUAUUAAAAUUAUAUACAGAUUGAGAUACAAAAACAGGUAUUUAUU